CCGCUCCCUCUCCUCUCAGCCUGCCUUCCUCUCAGCCUCUGCUUCAGCCAACCCGAGCUGUGCCGAGCUGCUCCCUGCGGGAUCAGAGCGCUCCCCCGCCGGGACCCUUCUCUCACAUCCCCCUGCUGGGACGCGGCUACAUUUCCAGCCAAGCACUGCCUGCUUUGGCUUUAUUAUGUGUGUCUGCGCCGCAGCCCCGCCAGCAGAGGCAAGCAGAGGAGGAGGGAGACUGGUAGCCAGAGUCAGGACAAAGAAAAAGCAGGGAGACAGAGGCUAGCGAAGGGUUAGACUCGUAUAAAUAUUAGGUUAUACUAAUCCUGCGACUGCCGAGGGCUUAAGGACAUAUUUUAUAAAGAAGUGAAGGCGAGCGGGGUAGAGAAAACGGCAUUCCCCUCGGGUAGAGAUGCAGGGAGAGAUUGUUAUGUCCAUGCCACCAGACCACCACCACUAGUGAAGAAUAGCCGGACGGGCCAGGAAGGAUUGUUCGGGUUCGGGCGCCGUUUUCCAAGAUCGUCGGAAGGGAAAAAUACUGCAAUAGUUGUAAUAAACUGCUCCAUAAUCCUAGGCGAAACCGAUAGAACGGCUGGAAGAGAUCGCGUUCGCUGAACGCCUUGAAAACGAGUGUCGACUCAAUCAACAAGACUGUCGCGUAUUGCUCUCGCCGUGUUGUCAUCUCGACCGUUCUGGUGUCCACGCAUGGCUGUCAGCUCGUGCCCGACCGCCUGCUAAAACUCAGGACGGACGGGCCAGCGAAAGUCGCACGGAUCCUCGGGCAAAGCGCUCGAGAACGUCAAGGAACAAAAGAGACCGACGGCGGAGCGGCACACGCUAGGAGGAAAGGACGAGAAGUUCCGUUUUCUACAGGUUGGUCGAGUCCGGCCGCAGACGAAGUGAACGUGUUGAAGAGCAUACGCGAAAGCAGUUUCUGCGGGCUUUUUUUUGUGCAGGACUGUAAAGCACGCCGACUCAAGUUGCCGCAUUGCAACAGGCACAUUUUGCAAAGUGAAAAGCAAGACAAGAUAACAACGCUUCACUGAUUUGUAUGUCCACCUGAAAAACACUGAACAACAAAGUGACUUUACAGUAGAAGUUUGAACCGCGAGAUGUCGAGACGAAAACAGGCCAAACCGCGCUCCGUCAAAGCAGUGGAAGAUGGAGAGUCUUCCGAGUGUGGGGGAACCUGGGAUGAAUCGAAUGUCCAGACAGACGUCCCCGCUGCGGAGGCGGAGGCGGAGGCCAAGCUGCGUCGUGGGGGAGGGCUGCCCGACGAGGACCACGACGAGCCCAACGACCUGGACCCGGACGACGACCUGGACGACGAGUCCAUCUUCACCUGCGACAACUGCCAGCAGGACUUUGAGUGCCUGGCCGAGCUCACGGAGCACCGCACCCACCACUGCCCCGCCGAUGGUGAAGACGACCCCGCCGGUCUCAACUGGGUGCCCUCUUCCCCGUCCAGCAAGGACAUGGCCUCCCCCUCCCAGCACGGCUGCGGUGACCUGGGCCCCGGUGAGGAGGAGGGGGGCGCCGGCCUGCCCUACCCCUGCCAGUUCUGCGACAAGUCUUUCAGUCGUCUGAGCUACCUGAAGCGCCACGAGCAGAUCCACAGUGACAAGCUGCCCUUCAAGUGCACCUUCUGCAGCCGGCUGUUCAAGCACAAGAGGAGCAGAGACCGCCACGUCAAGCUGCACACAGGUGACAAGAAGUACAGCUGUCAGGAGUGUGAGGCGGCCUUCUCUCGCUCCGACCAUCUCAAGAUUCACCUCAAGACUCACAGCUCCAGCAAGCCCUUCAAGUGCAGCGUGUGCAAGCGUGGCUUCUCCUCCACCUCCUCACUGCAGAGUCACAUGCAGGCUCACCGCAAGAACCGAGAGCACCUGGCCCUGAGGGCGGAGCGGGACGGGGGCCGGAAGGGCGGCGGCGGCGAGGGGGACCUGGACCAGGACCUCUACAUGUGUGACUACUGCGAGGAGACCUUCAGCCAGACGGACGAGCUGGAGAGACACGUGCUGACCCGCCACCCCCAGCUGUCGGACCGCGCCGACCUGCAGUGCAUCCACUGUCCCGAGAUCUUCCUGGACGAGGCGUCGCUGCUCACCCACAUCGAGGCGCAGCACGCCAACCGCAAGCACAAGUGCCCGGUCUGUCUGGAACAGUUCCCCUCCGUGGAGGAUGUCUACUGCCACCUGGACAGCCACCGCCAGCCUGACUCGUCCAACCACAGCGCGGCCAGCCCGGACCCGGCGCUGGGCAGUGUGGCGUCCAUGAGCUCGGCCACGCCCGACUCCAGCGCCAGCCUGGAGAGGGGCUCCACGCCCGACUCCAUCCUGAAGACCGGCCGGGCCGCGGAGCGAGGCCGCCGGCGGGGCGCGGAGAGCGGGGAGGACUUGGUGCUGAACCUGGGUCAUCUCGCCGGAGGUGGGCACUGGUCCAAGGUCACCUACUCCUGCCCCUACUGCUCCAAGAGGGACUUCCACAGCCUGGCGGUGCUGGAGAUCCACCUGAAGACCAUCCACGCCGACAAGCCCCAGCAGAGCCACACGUGCCAGCUGUGUCUGGACACGCUGCCCACCCUCUACAACCUCAACGAGCACGUGCGCAAGGCUCACCGGGGCAACGGGGGCGGCGGCGGCGGCGGCGGCGGGGGUCCGGUGGCCACGGCGGCCGCGGCCUUCCCCCUGCUGCAGUUCACCAACGUGUCGGCGUUCCACUGCAACUACUGCCCCGACAUGUUCGGAGACAUCAACUCCCUGCAGGAGCACAUCCGCGUGUCCCACUGCCUCCCCGGGGGGGUCAUGGCCGGCUCCACCACGCUAGGUGGGUUCGAGGGGAACCACGCCUUCUUCUGCAACCAGUGCUCCAUGGGCUUCCUGACGGAGUCGUCGCUGACGGAACACAUCCAGCAGACCCACUGCAACUCUGCUCUGGGGGGAGGGGCUGCGUCAGGCGGGGGCGUGACCAAACUGGAGUCCCCGGUGCUUCAGUCUGCCUCUCAGUCCUUCAUGGAGGUCUACUCCUGCCCGUACUGCACCAACUCCCCCAUCUUCGGCUCCCUGCUCAAGCUCACCAAGCACAUCAAGGAGAACCACAAGAACAUCCCUCUGGCCAACAACAAGCGGCAGGCCAAGAUGGCGGACCUGAGCCCCGCCUCCUCCGACGUGGAGAUCUCCUCGCCCAAGCGCCACCGGUUCGGCGGCGACUCGGCCGGCUCCAACGGCGACUACCCCUGCAACCAGUGCGACCAGCGCUUCUCCAGCUUCGAGGGCUUCCAGGCCCACCUCAAGUCCCACCUGGAGCAGCUGCUGCGGCGGCAGUCCUGCCCGCAGUGCAACAAGGAGGACUUUGAGUCGCAGGAGGCCCUGCUGCAGCACCUGACGGUGCACUACACCACCACCUCCACGCAGUACGUGUGCGAGAGCUGCGACAAGCAGUUCACCUCGGUGGACGACCUGCAGAAGCAUCUGCUGGACAUGCACACCUUCGUGCUGUACCACUGCACCCUGUGCCAAGAGGUGUUCGACUCCAAGGUGUCAAUACAGGUGCACCUGGCGGUGAAACACAGCAACGAGAAGAAGAUGUUCCGGUGCACGGCGUGCGCAUGGGACUUCCGGAAGGAGUCGGACUUGCAGCUCCACGUCAAGCACAGCCACCUGGGCCAGAGCAACAUUCUCCCGGGGGGCAUCAGCGCAGGACUAAAGCCUCGCAAGUGCAUCUUCUGCGGGGAGACGUUCGGGACCGAGGUGGAGCUGCAGUGCCACAUCACCACCCACAGCAAGAAGUACAACUGCCGCUUCUGCGGCAAGGCCUUCCAGGCCAUCACCCUGCUGGAGCGCCACCUGCGGGAGAAGCACUGCAUGACGGACGGCGGGAACCGCGGCGGCGGCGGCGGCGGCGGCGGCGGGCCCAACGGGAACGGGGGCGGGGCCGAGAGGACCUCAGUGGCGGCGGCGGAGCAGGCGGACCUCCAGAACAUGAUGCUGAAGAACGCGGCGGCGGCGGCGGCCGCAGGGGGCGGAGGGGACGCGGCCAACAGCCACGAGGCCAGCGGCGGGGAGGAGGAGCUGGACAACGCCGAGCCCAUGUACGCCUGCGACAUCUGCGGCGCGGCGUACACCAUGGAGUCCCUGCUGCAGAACCACCGCCUGCGAGACCACAACAUCCGCCCCGGGGAGGACGACGCGGGCACUCGCAAGAAGAAGGCCGACUUCAUCAAGGGGAACCACAAGUGCAACGUCUGCUCCCGCACCUUCUUCUCCGAGAGCGGCCUGCGGGAGCACGCGCAGACGCACCGCGGCCCCGCCAAACACUACAUGUGCCCCAUCUGUGGAGAACGAUUCCCCUCCCUGCUGACGCUCACCGAACACAAGGUCACCCACAGCAAGAGUCUGGACACGGGGACGUGUCGCAUCUGCAAGAUGCCACUGCAGAGCGAGGAGGAGUUCAUCGAGCACUGCCAGAUGCACCCCGACCUGCGCAACUCGCUCACGGGCUUCCGCUGCGUGGUCUGCAUGCAGACGGUCACCUCCACGCUGGAGCUCAAGAUCCACGGCACCUUCCACAUGCAGAAGCUGUCGGCCGGGGCCACGCUGGGGGGAGGCGGAGGAGGAGGAACCGGAACAGGAGGAGGAGGAGCUGGAGGAGGGGGAGUGGGCGCUGGCGGCGGCUCCACCUCUUCGUCGCCCAACGGGGCUCUGAUGCAGCAACACAAGUCCUACAAGUGCGCCCUGUGUCUCAAGGAGUUCAAGAACAAGGGCGAGCUGGUGAAGCUGGACGUCAACGGCCUGCCCUACGGCCUGUGCGCCAGCUGCAUGACCAGGAGCACAAACGGCCAGAGCCCCACACAGGGAGGGGCUGUCACGCCAGGGGAUGCCCAGUUGGAGAAGCCUAUGUCUGGGCUCAGGUGCCCAGAGUGUGGGGUGAAGUUCGAGAGCUUGGAGGACCUGGAGAGCCACGUGCAGACGGACCAUCCCGAGGUCAGCCCAGAUAGCCUGGGGAAGAAAGCAGAGGCAUCGCCCGCGCCCAAGAAAAAGACCUACCAAUGUAUUAAAUGCCAAAUGACGUUUGAGACGGAGAGAGAGAUCCAGAUCCAUGUGGCCAAUCACAUGAUCGAGGAAGGCAUCAAUCACGAGUGCAAGCUGUGUAACCAGAUGUUUGACUCUCCGGCCAAGCUGCUGUGUCACCUGAUAGAGCACAGCUUCGAGGGCAUGGGAGGAACCUUCAAGUGUCCCGUCUGUUUCACAGUGUUUGUCCAGGCCAAUAAGCUCCAGCAGCACAUAUUCGCCGUCCACGGGCAGGAAGACAAAAUCUACGACUGUUCCCAGUGUCCGCAGAAGUUCUUCUUUCAGACCGAGCUUCAGAGGAAGGCAUCAAUCACGAGUGCAAGCUGUGUAACCAGAUGUUUGACUCUCCGGCCAAGCUGCUGUGUCACCUGAUAGAGCACAGCUUCGAGGGCAUGGGAGGAACCUUCAAGUGUCCCGUCUGUUUCACAGUGUUUGUCCAGGCCAAUAAGCUCCAGCAGCACAUAUUCGCCGUCCACGGGCAGGAAGACAAAAUCUACGACUGUUCCCAGUGUCCGCAGAAGUUCUUCUUUCAGACCGAGCUACAGAACCACACGCUGAGUCAGCAUGCGCAGUGAGCCUCCUCGCCCGGCUGGAUACCCGGGCCCACCUCCACACCCCAUCGCCCCCCCCC